CGUUCCGCGGUCGCUCUGCGUGAAACGAUUCAACGCUCUCUUCAUCCGUCUUCUAGGUUAUGUUGCGUUGAGUCCGCGACAGUAACAAGGUAUUUUAUCGCGUUCGUAUCAAAUACUCGUUUUGGGAUUACGUGUUAGUCGGUCGAAUGUACGACUUGGCAUAUAAGAAGCCACACGAUCUCGACAGAGUCACGGUUGUCUUCCAUUGAAAGACAGUUCCUAUUACGCACAGCGGGUGCCGUUUGUAGCUAAUAACGCGCUGCGGGUCUUUGUUUUCGGAGAGCGCGAUUAGAACGCGAGGGAAGUUUACUUCUUUUCCGGGGAAAAGCUCACGAAGAAAAGAGAGAUCAACAAUGUCUGCAUCCCCUAUCGCCAGACAGGCUACUCAGAGCCAGAGCAUACCAUCCAAGAGGAUCGUCAUCCACGAUCCUAACCAGCUACCGGCCGAUUACUCGUCCACUCCUGGAGGCACGCUUUAUUCCACAACACCGGGAGGUACUCGCAUCGUAUAUGAACGUGCAUUUCUGAUGAAUUUGCGAAACUCUCCGAUAUCGCGGACACCGCCGCGAAAUACGCUGACUAUACCACCGGAAUUGCUGAAAGGUAGCACUCCAGCCAUUACGAGAGACCCCACUAAAAUUACUAAUAAAGAUGCUCUGGUAAUCGAGGAAUCUGCGGAGCAGUUUGAAAUGGACAUGUGAAGCAAAUGUAAUCUGCCGUCAUUUGUGACGAUUGUAAUGUGUUCAUAGACAUAUUCGAGAGCAUUGUCGAUUUUACGGCAACUGCAAGAGUAAUAUGGCUAACACGUUCCAAUUAUGUGCCUUUUGCCAAUAAUCUUAUUAAAAAUCACAAGUUUUUAAGAGACGAAGUCUUUCGACGAAACGACAAAUGUCUUGUUCAUAUGUAUUAUAUACAAAUCAUUUAAUUCUGGAUGCGGGUUUUUGACUAACGUAAUACGUAUAAGAUUACGUAUAAAAAAUAACUGCAUAUGGACGUGCAGACGUUAGCGAUCGGUAAAUGUCUUCCCUUGAAAAUUGCUGAUACUGUAAUCUAUUUCUUAAAGAUCUUGUAUCUGUGAAUAAAUGACACGUUUUGUACACGUAAUAAAUUUUAUAUAUUUUA